GUGUGUGUGUGUGAAAGAGCAUGUGUUUGAAUCAAAUCUCCGAGUAGUGCAUGAGUUGUAAGUGUGUGUGUGUGUGUGUUGCUGAGUCAUACAGAUUUCAGGAUAUUCAGAGGAAGGAUUUUUCCCUUUUACCUUCCUGUUUUUUUCUGCUCUUUUUGUUGGCACACAAGGCUACAGGUCCACUCUGUUACUAACUGGACUGAAGUGUUUGGGUGAACUCCUUGUUGUGUGUGUGUGUGAGAGAGAGACUCUGGCCUGCUGUGGUGUCUAGUUUGAGUGGCUUGUGUUGUUGAGUACAUUUAGUCACACUAUACUGGCCUGUGCGGCGUGGACACGGACGGAUCAUGUGGAUCCCAAAUCUGUGAUGCACACGCCGGGGGAGGAGCCGGUCGGGCGCGACAUGGCCGCGUCUGGGCAGGAGCUGAUGGGCACCCCACUGGUCGAGGAUGAGGAGGCUCGGGAGUCAGACCGGGACAGCGCAGUGGGGAGUGCUGCAGGCUCCGAGCUGUCCGAUGGCGGAAGAGGAGGAGAAAAAGAGGAAGGACUCCGCCUCCUCUUACCAGGAGACAAGGCUGGAGAGUGCAGCAUCAACCCUUCAGUGACCUCUGACCUCUCGACACGCUCAUCUGCCUCACUGAACGAAGAGCAGUUCGAGGACUACGGAGAGGGGGAAGACAAGGACUACAAUCCCAGCAGCCCUGGCGAUGAGGCGCACGGCAAUGCAUUCUCAGACCUCAGUUCCUCUGUGUCUUCCAGCGCGGGCCAGACUCCACGAAAGACCCGGCCAGUAAACGUGGACUUGUUCUGCUCCCAGUGCUGCAAAAAAGUCACCCAGCUCCAUGAGCUCGAAACCCGGCUCAAAAGUCUCAAAACCCACAGUCCUAACAGAAAGAUCUCCAGUACAGCAUUUGGCAGGCAGCUUCUGCAGCACAGCAAUCUCAGCAGUAGUAAUGGCAGUACGGAGGAUCUCUUCAGAGACAGCAUUGACUCCUGCGACACGGACAUCUCAGAGAAGGUGAGUCAGCUGGAGAAGAAGCUGUGUGAGCUGGAAAAUGAGUGUCUAAUGAAUGGGGAUGUGAAGUCCAAACUCAAACAGGAGAACACCCAACUAGUGCACAGGGUCCAUGAGCUGGAGGAGCAGCUAAAAGAGCAGGAGGUACGGGCUGAACAGAGCAUGGAGGAGGAGCUCAGAAGACACCGUGAAGUCUUCACCAAACUGGAGCGAGACAAAGAUGCCCAGAUUGAGCUCCUCACCAACCGGGUGCAGCAGCUGGAGAUGGAGAAUGCAGAGAUGCUGUCAAACAUGAACAGGCUAAAAUCACAGACAGAGAAGCUGGAUGAGGAGAAGCAGCGGAUGACUGAUAAACUGGAGGACACCAGUCUGCGUCUGAAGGAUGAGAUGGACCUCUACAGGAAGAUGAUGGACAAGCUGAGGCAGAACCGACAUGACUACCAGACAGAGAGGGAGGCCAUGCAGGAGCUGAUUGAGGACCUGCGAAGGGAGCUGGAGCACCUGCAGGUCUUUAAACUGGAGGCAGAACGUGUGGGGCGGGGCCGAAGCUCGUCCACUAGUCCGUCGGAGUUCAGCACACGGACACGUGAGAGUGAACUUGAGCAAGAGGUCAAGAGACUUAAACAGUGCUGUAUUUCACAGGACAUCUGCCCCGAAAUCCAGCAGCGAGUGUGUGUUAGCACGCGACUCUGCCGUAGUCUGGCGGAGAACCAGAAGUUGCGUGAGCAGAAUGAAGAGCUCAAUGGUCAGAUCCUGAGCCUCAGUCUGCAUGAGGCGAAGAACCUGUUCGCCGCACAGACAAAGGCGCAGUCACUCGCCUCUGAAAUCGACAACGCUUCCCGCGACCAGUUAAUGGAGGCCCUUAAGGAACAAGAGGAAAUCAACUCCCGUCUCCGGCAGUACAUGGAUAAGAUUAUAUUGUCUAUCCUGGAUCACAACCCUUCCAUCCUGGAAAUCAAAAACUAAAGACUCAUUUCAAUUGGGUUGUUUUCAAGAUCCAAUAU